GGUUUGUGGCAAACCUGUCAUUCCAGUACCUGCGCCCUACAGGCUUUCCUACUCUAGAUUCACCCUCAGCUUUAGAGCCAUAUCCAGUCAGGAAACAGAGGCAGAAGGAUAGUCCAUAACAGAAAUCUCAAUGGCCAGAAUAAUGGGUGUUAUAUCACCAAAACAUUUCUUUUGGUAAUAGCUUCCUAUUUAUUAGACUUGGUUCUUUACUGAUUGUUUCUCCUGUGGAGUGGUACUGAUUACACCCCUUUGCAAUCUUGGAUUGAACCAGAUCACUAGCUUUGCAAAUGCCCAGCACCUGUCAUCACUGUUGGAUUCAAAAUGACAACUGGAAAGGCUGAUGCAGAAACAAGCCAAAGUGGCUCACAUUCUCAGGUUUCAGGGGUGAGGGUUACUGUUUUGAUGAUGAUGGCGGAAGAGAAGAUAUCACUCGCCAAAGACCUUGAAUGCUCUGGUACAUCUAUACCCGAGAUCCCCACACUUGAAGACUUAGAAGAGUUUCUGAAUACUGGGAGUCCCUCCUGUAACCAUGUUGAUGAAGUUUGGCCUAAUCUUUUCUUAGGAGAUCACAUUACAGGCCACAGCAGAUUUGGUUUAUGGAAAAUGGGGAUUAGCCAUGUCUUGAAUGCUGCCCAUGGAACACUAUAUUGCCAAGAGCCCCAUGACUUUUACGGCACUACUAUUGAAUACCACGGUGUUCCCGCUCAUGACCUGCCUGAUUUUGAUAUAAGUCCAUACUUUUAUCCAGCUGCAGAAUUUAUACACAAGGCUUUGGCUACACCAGGAGCUAAAAUCUUUGUGCACUGUGCCAUUGGGAUAAGCAGGUCAUCUUCUUUGGUGCUGGCGUAUCUGAUGAUAUACCAUCAUUUGUCUUUGGCUGAAGCAAUUCAAACUGUGAAAAAACAUAGGUGGAUUUUCCCCAACCAUGGAUUUUUGAAACAAUUGAGAAAUCUGGACAUUCAGUUAAGAGAAAAACAGAGCAAAGGGGAAACUAUCCUUGAUUGUCAGGAAGAGUAACAAUUAACAAUUGAAUGUUUUCACUAUUCGUUGUUCUUCAUAUUGAUUUUCUAGCUAAUAAAACAACAGCCAAUUCAUGCUGGUAGCCAUGUUUUCGGGAAUUAUGUUUAUCAAUAACAUUUAUGUAAAAGCUAAUAAGAGUUACCAUUUUCUCAAGCA